AUGCGUAUCUCGCACAAAACCAUUGAUUGCGAAGCGACCGAGGAACUGAAAGGCAGGGUUCAAAGUAAAUCAUCAAGCAAGCAGAAAGAAGAGACUGCCUUGCGGAAGCCGAUGAGCGCCAAAAUGGAGCAGUUGGUGCGCCAUCUCCAGCACAAAAUAACAUCGGCUGUAGAGGAACUUGAAGGUCCCAAUGGUGGCCGUUUCUUCCACGAUGCUUGGAUCCGGGAGGAAGGUGGUGAAGGUGUUUCAUGUGUUCUUCAAGACGGCAAGGUGUUUGAGAAGGCCGGAGUAAACAUUUCCAUUGUGGCCAGUAAAGCACCAGAAGGCAUGCUUCAGCACAUGCGCGCGCGCAAACGAGAAGGAAUUGAUAAAGGACCGUAUAACAUGUUCGUGGCCGGAAUUAGCCUUGUAAUGCAUCCUCAUAACCCGAUGGCACCGACAGUCCAUGCCAAUUACCGAUAUUUUGAAUUGGUCGAAGAAAACGGGGAUGAACCUGUGGCAUGGUGGUUUGGUGGCGGGUGUGAUCUGACGCCCUCAUACCUAUUUGAAGAAGAUGCGAUUCAUUUUCAUAAGAUUAUAAAACAAGCUUGCGAUAAUCACGACACAGCUUAUUACCCCCGCUUCAAAAAGUGGUGUGACGAGUACUUUGAUGUCAAGCACCGUGGUGAACGAAGAGGAAUUGGUGGAAUCUUUUUUGACGAUCUGGAAGACAGGCCCGCCGAAGAGAUUUUUGCCUUUGUCAAAGACUGUGGAGAAAGUUUUGUGGAUCAGUAUGUUCCGAUUGUACAAAAGCGGAAGGAUAUGCCCUUCACGAAAGAGAACAAGUUGUGGCAGCAGUUGCGCAGAGGGAGAUAUGUAGAGUUCAAUCUGGUUCAUGAUCGGGGAACAAAGUUUGGCCUCGCUACGCCGGGAGUGCGUAUUGAGAGUGUAUUAAUGUCCCUACCAUUGACUGCACGUUGGGAGUACGGACAUGUGCCAACGCCUGGUAGCCCAGAGGCCGAGCUUUUAGAAGUCCUGAGGACGCCGAGAGAUUGGAUAUAG